CUUCUCGAAAAAGAAGUUAUUUUUACUUGAUUGCAAAUGCUGGUCUGAGGGCACUUCCAAUAGUUAGGAAGUUUAAUCCUCUCUUAGAGUUGAGUGAAAUGUUGACAAGUUAAAAUAUGACAGAAAGCGAGUUUCCGUUGAGAAUCCUUUUUAAAAAAAUGUAAAACCAAAUUUCACGGAGUCCCAUUUUAUAAGGAGUAUUAUUGAAGACUAGAAGUUUGUAAGAAAGCCUGGUGUGUCCUGCAUGACAUCAGAAGGAAAAAACUUGUCAUACUGACACGAUACUGAACCGGGGACACAGACUGAGGUACAGGCACCGGCUGUCUCGCCAGGACAAAACUCAGGGAGGUUUCAUUGCUCAUCCUCCCUCAAAUGACAGAUAUGGUCCGGAAAAAGAAUCCGCCACUGAGAAAUCUUGUGAGCCAAGGCGAAAGUGAGAAUUGCCAGGUCUCUCAGCCAGAAAGUGCCGUGAACCCGGAGGCUGCAAAAAACUCAGGACUGCCGGAUCUCAUGCAGGAACACAACAACCAACAAGAUGCUUUAGAGUCACUUAACAAGGAGGAACUUUGUCUGCGUGUCGCAGACGUCGCCGGCAUCAAAAUCGACUUGAAAAGCCCCGCACUGGGCGAAGGGAAUGGCUUCAAUUAUGAAAGCCACAAGAAGGGAGGAAAUGUUCCAUCCUUCCCGCAAGAUGAGGUGACAGACAGAAAUAUGUCUGCUCUCUCAUCUCAGGCUGCUGCUCGAGUCUGCGAGGCCUGGAAGUCUCCUGGUAGAUCAGAACCAGAUGAUGGCGAUGGCAGGAGCUGCAGCGUCUCUGGAAACCUCUCGGAAUUAAACCACAGAGCUCCAGAGUCACCCCAGAGUGGGCGGGAGAAAGGGCAGCUGCUCGGGGGGGACCCAGCCGACCAUCAGAGCUCAAGCCCGGGCUUGGUGCCUUUAGAAAACUCUCAGGUGCUUUCAGAUUGCACUGUUGCGCUUGAUCAAUCCAAAAGUGAAAACCUGACUGAUAACCCAGACACGGCGCCCCUGACCCCAGAACUGCAAGACUUCAAGUGCAACAUUUGUGGUUAUGGCUAUUAUGGCAACGACCCAACCGACUUGAUCAAACAUUUCCGCAAAUACCACCUCGGGCUGCACAACCGCACCCGCCAAGAUGCGGAUCUGGAUACCAAAAUCCUCGCAUUGCAUAACAUGGUGCAGUUCUCCCAGUCCAAAGACUUGCAGAAACUGAGCCGAAACGCGGGCUUGCUUACUGGGAUGUUGCAGGAUCUGAGUACUCAGCGACCCGCCCUGUUAAAUGGGACCUAUGAUGUGCAUGUUACUUUGGGAGGAAUGUUCAUUGGCAUCGGACGCAAAACACCCGACUGUCAGGGGAACACCAAGUAUUUCCGGUGCAAAUUCUGCAAUUUUACAUACAUGGGCAGUUCUUCGACUGAACUCGAACAGCACUUCGUAUCAGCGCAUCCCAACAAAGUGAAAAGUGUGCCUUCUGCUCUAGAGUCGGGGAAGGAUGCCAACAAACCUGAGAGAAACGCCAGCAAAGGCACCCCCGUGACAGAGCGCCACUUACCUCGUCCAACAGACCCAGAAGACAUGGGCAAAUGGCAGGACAAGUCCACAAUUAAGGCCACGGAUGACACCCCCAUUGGCUACUCUGUGCCCAUCAAAUCGGUGGACACCUCCAAACAGAAUGGCAUGGACGCUACCUGUUACUUCUGGUGUAGGUUUUGCAGCUUCAGCUGCGAGUCCUCGGACACCUUAAAGCUCACGGAUCAUUAUAACAAACAGCACGGGGAGGAUCAGCGCACUAGCUAUUUUACUAGAGAUUUCCCGGACAAAGUUGGCAAGCAGGGGCCCACACUUCACCAGAACGACUCUUCGAAAGAGCGUCAGGCUCUCGGGGCUAAUAAAUUCGACGGGGAAUUCUCGGUUAAAACGGAGAAAGGCACAAGCUCGGCUCGAAAGACAGACGCCACCAAGUCAGCGGAGGAGAGCAUGGUCACCAGUUAUAACUGCCAGCUGUGCAAAUUCAGGUACUCCACCAGUCAUGGGCCGGACGUGAUCGCUGUGGGACCCCUGCUCCGCCAUUACCAUUACAUUCACAACGUUCACAAAUGUACCAUUAAACACUGCCAGUACUGCCCCGGGGGACUGUGUGGCCCAGAAAAGCACCUGGGGGACAUCACCUACCCGUUCGCUUGCAGGAAAAAUAAUUGCUCCCACUGCACCCUGUUGCUCUUGCACUCGUCCCACGGGAUGGGAGGGAGUGCCAGGGUUAAGCACCAGUGUGAUCAGUGCUCAUUCACAGUUCACGAUGUAGAUGUGCUCCUGCAGCAUUACGAGACCAUGCACAGCUCUCACACCCCGGGCAAGGCUGAGAAUGGCCAACAGGGAAGUGACGGGCAAGUGACCAGCGAAGAGGCCGAAGAGCACUGUUGUACCAAAUGCGAUUUUGUUACUCAAGUAGAGGAAGAGAUAUUCCGACACUACAGGAGGGCUCAUAAUUGCUACAAGUGCCGCCAGUGUAAGUGGAGCGCCCCGGGCACUCAGGCAUUACUGGAGCAUUUCAACACAGCCCACUGUGCGCUCCCGGAGCCGCCGGCGAGCAGCAGCAGCACCAGCGGUGGUGAGUCCCCACCUCCAGCGGCACCAGCAACCCCCACAGCCGGCACCAGCAACCACAACUCCCUGGGCGGCGAGCAGGAGAUGCGGCACCGCACUCCCACCCCGCCUGACAGCGGCAGCAGCAGUAGCAGCCACCCUCCGCCAGCCGCCGAGGAGAAGGAGGGGCGAGGCUGGGCCGACACCUCCAGGGAAGACACGAGGAAGGCAGGCUGGGGCGUCAAGGAGGGCGCGGCGCCGGGGGAGCCGCACAAGGGCAGCCCCUACCCGGCUCAGGCUGCCCUCGGCCUCCUGAGCGCCUCCCCCGGCGGCAGCAGCAGCAGCGGCGGCGGUCAGGAGAGCCACAAGAACAGCCGCAGAGCUGUGGAAGAAACAGAUGCAGGGCGGCCGGUCUAUGGGAUGCAGGCCGCCGACCCCAAGGGCUUCCCAGCUGGGGUGCAGCAGCUCCCGGGGGCAGGAGGAGGAGAGCGGGACAAGCCCCGGGCCCUCACCCCACAAUAUCCAACAAGCACCGAACUCAACAAGGCGAGGGAGGAGUCACAGACUCUACUGCGGAGACGAAGAGGCUCUGGAGUCUUCUGUGCCAACUGCCUGACCACAAAGACCUCUCUUUGGCGAAAGAAUGCAAACGGUGGAUAUGUAUGCAACGCAUGUGGCCUGUACCAGAAGCUGCAUUCGACUCCAAGGCCUUUAAACAUUAUAAAGCAGAGUAAUGGGGAACAGAUAAUUCGAAGACGGACAAGGAAGCGUCUUAACCCGGAAGUACUCCAGCCAGAUCAAGUCAAUAAACAGCAGAGAGCGAGCAAUGAGGAACAACUAAAUGACAGCUCACUAGAAAGGAAAUCGGAGGAGCACUCUUCAGAGAGUCAGCAGCGGGAGCAGCAGCAGUCUAAUCUGAGCAAACUUGAUCUAUAUGGUUCAGUGAAUAAGUCCCAUCAGGGCCAAUCUGCAUUGGUGGUUGGCCAGACUGUAGAUCUUCACAGAAGGAUGCAGCCACUGCACGUUCAAGUAAAGAGCCCUCAGGAAAGCAGCGUAGACCCAGGAAAUUGUUUGCCUGUAUCAGAAGGGAAAGGAAGUUCAGAACGAGGAAGUCCUAUUGAAAAAUACCUUAGACCUACAAAGCACCCAAAUUACUCGCCUCCAGGAAGCCCUAUUGAAAAAUACCAGUAUCCUUUGUUUGGAUUUCAGUUUGUGCAUAGUGAUUUACAAAAUGAAGCUGAUUGGCUGAGGUUCUGGAGUAAAUAUAAAUUGUCUGUCGCUGGGAAUCCACACUACCAUGUGUCUGGCCUACCAAAUCCUUGCCAAAACUUUGUGCCUUAUCCUGCCUUUAACCUGCCUCCGACUUUCUCAUCCAUUGGCUCUGAUAAUGACAUUCCUUUAGAUCUGGCAACAAAACAUUCCAGAUCAGGACCAGCUGCAAAUGGUGCCGCAAAGGACAAAGUUAAUGCAUCGGUAACCACAAUGGAGGAGAGCGUAGAAAAUGUGGUAAAACCUCCGGACAAAGUUGACCGAGGCACACAAGAUGAAUCACUGACGAAGUGUGUUCAUUGCAGCAUUCUCUUUAUGGAUGAAGUGAUGUAUGCUUUGCAUAUGAGUUGCCAUGGUGAAAGCGGACCUUUCCAGUGUAGCAUAUGCCAGCAUUUCUGUACAGACAAGUAUGACUUUAUGACACACAUUCAGAGGGGCCUGCAUAGAAAUGUGCAAUCUGAUAAAAAUUGCAAACCUAAGGAAUAGAACUUUUAGUACUGUAACACAAUGAGUACAUGUUGCAUUUUAGAAUUUGGGAGAACAAUCAGAAUAUUAUUUUUCUAAAAAAGAGUAAAUGUAAAACAUUUGAAAAUGAUGGUGCCUGACACAUUGUAUAAUUUUUUUCUAUAAAGUAUGCAACAAAAAUAUUGCAUUAUGCUUUAGAGUCAGAAUACUGAUUCUUUUCUAGCUGUUUACAUGUGCAAAUGUAGCAAAAUAAGUGAUGAAGCACCUAUUUCUAUUUCUUUAGAUUUUUUCUUUCACCUAGUAGCCCUGAAUACCAACAUGAAAUAAAUAUGGUUGUUGCUAAUGCAAAGUAUGGAUGAAAAGUAGCUGAACAUAUUUUCAUGCUUAAAUAGGGGGAAAAGAGGGUAGCACUAUGCAUUCCACUUAAUAUUAAUGUACCUUGUGUUAUCUAUCAAAGCUCUUAAUUCAUAUUGUUAAGCUUGAAAAGACUAUAUGCACAUUUGUUAAUUGCUUUUCAAUAUUAUGUUUCAAGUGAAACAGUUUGAAAGUUGAUGGUUCUUAUCAAGUGAUGUUGGAAUCGCUGUUUACUGUUGACUUAGUUUAUUGCAUUUUCCAGUGGCAUCAUACAUCAGUCUUAUAAUGAAAAACAGUCUUGUUUCCGUGCAGAGGCAGUGUUUCCAGGAGCUGAAAAAAAAAUCAAAUAAUUCUAGGAAUAUGAAAAUGAAUCAUGGCUUUUACAGUUUCAUUCUGGUUUCCAAGUCUUACAAUAUUAUUCAAUGUCUUUAAAAAGAUCCAAAUCCUGAGGAAAGCAAAAGGAGCCACUGCCUCUGUCUUUAAAGCAACUGGGACAUGUUCCUGACUUUCAUCAUGCAUGUAAUUUUGUGAUGUUUAUUUCUUUGUUUUAUCACACCUACACAUUCUUUCUGUAUCUUCCAUGAAAACUAUUUCAGACAGAAAUGAGGUCAUUUACAUCUAAACUUGAAUAAUAAAGUUUUACCAAAAGUA